AUGGAUCCGAUGGUUCGCUCGAGAAGAGGAGCUGCGGGGCAAGGCGAGCCAGUGGCUACGGGUGCUUUCAGCGAACAGCUGGAGCAAGAAUAUUCAGCAGCUUUGAGUCAAGCAGACUCGGGGAUUGUUCCCCGUGGUUCGAGUUAUGUUGAUCAGGGAGCGUGUCCACCUGGACUGCGGAGUGCGGUAGCUCCGGGGGAAGCAUCGCCCGGUACCUUGGAACAGGGUGGAGUUGUGGGUGGUGCAGCCGGCGCGUCUACUUCGUCUGUAGGUGGUAUCCCGUCUCUCCCUACUGCCAGUCCAUUUCAUAGUGCACGAGUUCAAGAGGAGGUGGCGCUUCAGCGGAAGCGGCCCUCUGGAUUAGACCAAGAGCAAGCGAGAGUGGGAUCCGGGAACCUGGAUAUGGAAGGGGGCCUGGAGCCCAACUAUUCGGCCGCUUUUGAUACUGCUGAAAGGUUUGGCCCACGAGUUGCGAGAGUGGAAGCUGUUGGUCCUCGGGAAGCCGCUACUCUGGAAGGUUCCGUUGUGGGACCGGGAAGAGAAGGAGUUUCUACUGGGAUGCCAAUGUUAGAGGAAAAGCGUGACUCUGCAGCGGGGUUGCAACCGGGUGUGGCAGUUGAGGGGCUGGACCCUCCGGAUGAUGAUGCGCCGGAGCUAUUGCCAGAUAACGAUAGAACUGCGAGACUUGAACAGGUUGUGGCACAACUCAUUGAUGAGAACCGUUCGUUGAAAAUACGGGUUGAGCAAGCCGAACUGAGAUCGCAUUCUAGCUGGCACAGCGGUACUCCGGGCGAAGUGUUGGCCUCGCCUAUGUCUUUUGCGAUGGAUGGCGGUGUGCCUCCGGGUGGCCUCGAAGGGGCUGUGCCGGCCAAUUUCCCAGGUUGCCGGAUCAAACAUCCCAAGAAGGGGUGUCUGGAUGUGACGGUUGUAAAGGGCUGUCCAUUGAUUCCUAGGGAGGUUGGUUUGGCCUUACUGAGCGAGUAUGAGGGUCGCCGGGUCGGGGCUCCAUUGAUCAGCAAGGUUGAGGUUAUGGAUUUGCAGACCGUCUUGACUCCGGAGCAGUCGCGUGUGUGGCUGCGAGAUCGUCUAGUUCAGCGCGGGGAAGGUCUGACGGAUGUUGAUCAGUUGGUCUUUCUUCGUGGGAUGUUUCCUGGGAUUCCCAUGGAGUUGUUGGCUAGGGCGUGUGUACCGGCAUUGGAUAGUGGCUUUGUAGACUGGGGUGAGUCGCCUUGGAAUAGGCGUUUUAGGCGGUCAGUUGGCAGGGCUGCAUCGGGAUCUGUGCUGAUUUCAGUGUCCUCUGGCCAAAGCUUGUGGAAGGGGCUCGGGAAGGUUGUAGCGGUAUCGGAUUCCAAAAAGGGUCUAGGGUCCAGGUUGGUCUUUCAGUUAUUGUUGAACUGGGCUGAGAAAGGGAAGGUUGGCGGUUUGAUUCAGGGGGAUGGAGUGUUUGAGACUGGGGCGAAGGCCGGUGAGUUCUCUUGGGACUCGCAAGUCCAUGCUAGCAGUGACUGGCGCACUCUUUGCGAAGGCUCGGUUAAGAUUCUUCGGUGGUUCUUAUUGUUUUCGGUUGCUCAGGCUAGCAAGGAUGCGAGGUCUGAGUGCUUGCCGAACAGUGGGAAGAAAGAGUCUGCCCAGUCACCAAGUCCACCUGCAUCAGCCGUUGCUUCCCGGGAUGAUGCGAGUCAUUCUGCGGGUGCUACGGGUAUAGGGGCAUUUGAGGAUCUGUUUCCUGAACUCUGGGACCUCCCGGAGGAUCCUCUUGUUGAGGAGCCGGCGGAUUCCUCUUCUCCUGUGGUUGCCGCUUCUGGGUAUGACGAUUGUUCGUCGGAGCUUAGUGACGCGUCCGAGGGUGAGGAGCCAAAAUCGUGGACCGAAGAGGGUCUUCUAGGUGUCUGGGGCAGUGAAGAGGAAAUCGAAGGAGAUACGGGAGAAGUUCCGGGAGUCUAUGAGAUUCAGGUUCUCGAUUGUGCGGUUGGGCAAUUCAAGGGCGGAGGCCUGUGGGUUGAGAGCGAAGAUGAUCAAGGAGAUUUGGCGGAGCAGAAAGAGUCAGCGGCUUCCCAAGCCAAGGCCGUUGUUGAAGAGCAGCCAGGGGAUUGUCGAGACGAAUGGGAGGUAGAUUUGCCUUGUUGGAUUGUCGAUGACGCUGAUCGGGACUCUUGGUGUCGGCUCCACCAAGGAGAAAUCUGCUUUAAGAAAUUUCUGGUAGAAGAGCUUGGAGAUGAGGGUGUAUCACCGGAGUUAUUUGCUUUAGGUGCUGAGCGCUUGUAUCAUCAGGAGCUUCGGUGUGAAUGGCUAGAGCAGGUUUUGCGAGGAUGCCAGGCUGAGAGCGAGGUGUGUGGAUCAAUUAAAGCGCUUCAGGUUGAAGUCCCUAUAGGAGAAGGAGAUUCAAAGGGGGAUCAAUUUCUGCAGACUCGAACCAUUGGUCUAGCUGAAGCACGUCGUGAGUUGACUUGUUGGAAGGAGCCAGCUCAAGAGGAGGUCACCAGCUUAGAAGUAACGAACGAGGCUGAUGUGAGAGUCGAUGUGCGCCAGGUAGAUCAAUGGGUUGAGCAAGGGAUAGCGGUGAUCCAACUUCCUGGUAAGUGUGUACUUACUAGGAAGUCGGGAACGGGCAGACGACGCUGCCGCGCAGUCUGUUGUGGGAAUUAUCUUCCAGCGGAGAAACUAGGUCUCUCACGGGACGAUCUUUAUGCAUCUGGAGCGGAGGGUGUCACCUUGCGCACAGCCUUAGCAUUUGCUGCCAGGUUCGCCCAAUGGAGGGGAUUCACCAUUGAUGUAAAGUCUGCUUUCCUUUAUGCCCCGAUUGGAGCAGAAGCGAAAGGUAAGGAGGAACGUAUUGUGGUGAAGCCACCGUCUUUCUUAACAGAACUAGGGAUUCUAAAGAGCACUGAUCGAUGGUGGGUUAAGAAAGCCUUGUACGGGUUGCCUACAUCCCCAAAGGACUGGGGAAACUAUAGAGAUCAGGAGUUUCGUCGCUUGCAGCUUCGUUGCAGUGCCGGGACCUAUGGACUUGUGCAAUCAAAGGCCGACGAGUCUCUGUGGUUUCUUAGGGAAGUUAAGGGGAAUGAGUUUGGGGAUGUUGUGGGAUUGCUGGUUGUCUAUGUCGAUGAUUUGGCAGUGUUCUCCUUGGUGGCCAUCUGCGAAGCUUUCAUUCAAGCAGUACAAGAGAAGUGGAAAACUUCCGCACCGACGUGGUUUGGUGAGGAGCCGGUUACUUUCUGCGGUGUUGAAAUCGUGCUUACAGGACGUGGAUAUCGGCUGGCUCAGACGGCGUAUCUUCGGGAGCUACUUCAUCGAUAUGACGUUAAGGGUACUGCCGCUGUACCGGUGACCAAGUGGACAGAUCCAGAACUCCCGGGGGAGGUUGAUCUUGCAGAGGUGAGGCCUGACAUCUCUUUUGCCGUCUCGAAGAUGGGCCAAAUGGUCUUGGAGAUUUAUUCAGACGCUUCGCAUUCUCCUAACGGGGACCGCUCGACUCAGUGUGUGAUUGUGAUGUGGCGUGGUUCGCCCCUGGUGUGGGAAUCGACGAGACAACCAUUCACGACUCUUUCCAGUGCGGAGUCGGAACUGGUGGCGAUGGUUCAUAGCGUCCAGAUCACUGAAUCUCUCCAGUCCUUAAUCGAUGAAAUGUUAGAGGAGGACACGGGCAUGGCCCUUAUGGGCGACAACGCCGCCGCUGUCCGAUCUUUCGACAUGGCUGGAAACGGCUGGAGGAACCGCCACUUAAGGAUGAGGGCGGUCUCGUGCCGCGAAAAGGUCCUGGCAGGGAUUUUGCACGUGUCCCAUUUACCUGGUGCAGACCAGGUGGCGGACAUUGGCACGAAGGCUUUGACCCGAGUUCGCCUCAUGCAGUUGCUCGAACUGCUCAAUAUCAGAGAACCGUUAGAUGUGCUCGGCGCGGUUCGGUUCCGCGGGAAGUGUUGGUUCAGAAUUGUACACUUGGUUCCGGGGGAGCAGUUUGCUUCACCGGCAGGGUCGUUUGAUGGUGUCCAAACACUGACGGAGGUGCUAGCUUCGGUCGAGCCAGCGGCGGAUGGGCAGUUGCUUGUGCAGCUGCUGACUUGCUGCGCGUGGGUCCGUUUGCAGUGGCAUUUUCUGGACCUCAAUGGGCAGGCUGAAGGCACUAUCGCUUAUGAGGCGGCGUUCGCGUACUUUCAGUCUGGGGACCGUAGAUAUCCUUUCUUUGAAAGUGAGGAUGAAGAAAUUGAUGAUCGGCCUCAUCGAGCUCCUAGGGAGCUCGAGGUCGAGAUUCAUCGGCCUGUUUAUGCACUGGAGGAAUCUUCUUCCGAAGACUCCUCUUCCUCGACAGAAGAGCCUUCUAUUGUCAGUGAGUCCGUGGAAUCAGAGAGUACCGUUGUUUACGAGCCAGGGCCAGAGGCUAUUGCAGGGCCUAGUGCGGGAACGGCGGUCUUGGUGAGUGGGCCGAUUUACGAAGCGGCAGAGGGAGCACUUCUGGUUCAUUAUGUAGAUGACAUGUUGAGGGUUCCCCUUGACGGCUGGACAGUAGAGGAGGUUGAAGUUGUUGUUGAGGGAUUGCGUACUGGGGAUUGGACGGGUUUUUCUCAGAGGCUUGACGAGGUAGCUGCUGAAGGUGGGAUUCCAGGUUCGAGUUCUGAUCCGCCACCGGUUAUAAGGGCCCGGAGCCGGUUGAGAAGAGGGGUUCAGGGCAUCAUAGCGGGGCUACGUGGGAUUCUUUGGAGCUUGUUUUUGAUGUGGUUCCUGGUGCAAGGAGUCAGGGCUCAGGAGGUUCCAGAGAAUCUCUUGAUUGUUUGGCCUGGUCCCCCUGUGGCCUCGGGGUGUGCUGCGGGAACUUCUGUUGCUUCAGCUGACCUGAGUGAUGCUGCAUCCCUGGGUUGGUCCAGUGACUGCGACGGGUCUACCCUGUGGGAGAUUUUGAAGGGAGUACUGUUGCUCGUGACUUGGGAAGUUGGGCGCUGGAUCCUUUUCGCGUUGUGGAUCGCUGGCUAUCAAGUAGAUGCAGAUGACCCCGAGUAUUCUGACAGGGGAACCGUUUUCUCAGAUGAAGGCUCCCUGUCAGAUGCUUCCGAAGGUGGCCGUGUAGUUGCCGAGGAUCAUGACGUGCUGGCCUCCUUUACGCCUCGUCUCCGCGCCAUCCGGGAGGAGCAGGAAUGCGAGUACCGCAUCAGCUUUCCUCGCAGCAGUGAGCGCGAGGUCAUGGUGCACACAAGCCUUUGGUGA